UCUGUAUUAUAAUACAAGACUACUUGCAAAAGUUUUAUUUUGUUUUUGUCAAUGUUUCUUUUUUUUUUGUCAAUGUUUCUAAACUAUGUACAUUGAAAGAAAAAAGGAAGCAAAAUCAACCAAGCAAAGUAUGAGAUUGAUGGACAAGGUUCUUUGACUGAUCUAUAUAUUAAUGCUUUUGUCUUUAUCCUUUUUUUUCCCACGUGGUUUAGCCUAUAAACUCCAUGAUUGAAGCAAUACUCGGAUCCAAAAGAAAAACAAAAUGGAAGACGAAACUGAGAACAAAGUGAUACUCCAUGGAACGUUCAUGAGUCCUUACAGCAAAAGGGUUGAGUUAGCCCUCAAGCUUAAAUCCAUACCUUACCUAUUCGUUCAAGAAGAUCUCCAUAACAAGAGCCAAACCCUUCUCCAGCACAACCCGGUUCACAAGAAGGUUCCGGUUCUCCUCCACAAAGGUAAACCGAUCUCUGAAUCCUUGUUUAUCAUAGAAUACAUCGACGAAACCUGGAGAAACGGUCCACAACUUUUGCCUCAAGACCCUUACAGAAGAUCUAAAGUCCGGUUUUGGGCUAGCUACAUCCAGUUACAUCUUUUCGAUGUGGUGAUGAAAGUGGUCAAAAGCGAAGGAGAAGAGCAAGAGAUAGCUCUCACAGAGGUGAAGGAGAAGCUGAGCAUCAUAGAGAAAGAAGGGCUCAAGGAGAUUUUCUCGGAUACUAAUGGUAAACCGACCGUGACAGACGAGACCAUGAGCCUAGUUGACAUUGUGAUGUGCACUUUGCUAAGCCCUUACAAGGCACACGAAGAAGUUUUGGGUUUGAAGAUCGUCGACCCAGAGACACUUCCUGGUGUCUAUUGUUGGCUCAAUGCUAUUAACGAAACCGAUGUGGUCAAAGAUCUAAGUCCUCCUUAUGAACAAGUCCUAGAGAUUCUUAGGACUUUCAGACAGAUGUCUCUCUCUCGUUCCUAGGUUCUGCAUCGUUUGUGUUGUUUGAUGUAAGUUUCGUUUAUCUGAAAUUUGGAUUUGAAAGUAACGUCUCCUAGUCAUUGUACCUUAAUCCGUUCUUGCAACACUUUAUUGAAUGCAAAUAAUAAACCGAUCCUAUUAA